UCGAGGGCGCUGCUCACAGGGUCCGUUAGCGCGUAUCCGAGCUCAGGCAGUUUGUUUACUUGACGCAUUUAUUUAGAAAUUAGCCAAUGUAGGUUACAGACAGUAUUGACACAUACAGCGAUAAAAGAAAGCCGUGGAUAAAGCAGAGAUAUUGAGAAAGCUGAGGUGAUUUCGGUGACACGGAGCUGACGGGGUGACGCACAUCGAGGGAACAUCAACAGAAUGUCUUUCAUAUUUGAUUGGAUCUACAGAGGAUUUAGUAGUGUGUUACAAAUAUUAGGACUGUAUAAAAAGUCAGGAAAGCUGGUUUUCCUUGGAUUAGACAAUGCAGGAAAAACUACGUUAUUGCACAUGCUUAAGGACGAUCGACUCGGGCAGCAUGUUCCUACACUUCAUCCAACUUCAGAAGAGUUGACCAUUGCUGGGAUGACUUUUACAACAUUUGACCUGGGUGGGCAUGCACAAGCAAGAAGAGUUUGGAAGAAUUACUUACCAGCCAUCAAUGGAAUAGUCUACCUUGUGGAUUGUGCUGACCAUGCGCGUCUCCUUGAGGCUAAAGUCGAACUAGACGCCCUGCUAACCGAUGAGACCAUAUCCAACGUGCCAAUCCUUAUUUUGGGAAAUAAAAUUGACCGACCUGAGGCAAUAAGUGAAGAUGCACUGAGAGGAACAUUUGGUCUACAUGGACACACUACUGGGAAGGGGAAUGUGUCACUGAAAGAGCUGAAUAUGAGGCCAAUGGAAGUGUUUAUGUGCAGCGUGUUAAAAAGACAAGGAUACGGGGAUGGUUUCCGAUGGCUUUCUCAAUACAUCGACUAACCGGUUAAGCCUCAACAGCCUCUCCAAACCUGCUUGACCCUAUUUAUUGACGGUUUGCUCAGGAGUAAAGAACUAUUUAAAACGGAAUGAAAACUGACAAUUGUUCUAGUAGUAUUAGUUUUUUUUAAUUGUGCCAAAAAUAAAAUAUGCUCCUAAGGUACAUUUGUGUAAGCUCAAAUGAAAUAUAUUUAAAACUAGGGUUGCAAAGGGGCAGAAAACCUCUGGGAAAUUUCCAUGGGAACUUCAUCUCGGGAAUUUUAAGUUGGAAACUUAACAGGAAUUCAUGGGAAUUAAUGGGAAUUAUUUAGAAAUUUAUAUAAACUGUAUAUACAAACAUAAAUAUAAACAUUUUGUUUGGUCAUAAGCUGACACGCAAGCAAACUAAUGCAUAAAUGAGAUUUUUGACUUUGAUUUAAUUGCAAGUAGAAAUUCAUUCUUUCAUUGAACAACACAAAAGCAUAAAUGUUGAAAAACUACAUAUUUCCUUAUGAUCAGUGCAUGUUAUGGAGGAAUGCACAGAGCAUGUGAAGGUUUGGCCUCAGUAGCCCUGCAGUGCUGUGUGCAUGUGACUGAGGAAUAUACAGGGUAGAAAUUCAACUGGAAUUGCAUAAAAUUUGGCUGUUUUAAGAUUAUGCUGCAAAAUAUAUUUUUCAACUACAUUUAAGUUCCCUGUUAUAGGCUAACCUGCAAAUUCCCAGUUUAUUCCCAUUAAUUCCUGUUAAUUCCAAAAUAUUUCCGUUAAUUCCCAUGGAAAGUUUCCAUCCUUGAAAAUUCCCGGAAUUUUACAACCCUAUUUAAAUCUGAAGCAAACUGUAUGGUACAUGAUGAGUCGGGGCUAUUUUAGGAUAAAUUGUAUUAUGUUCAGGGUUUGCUUAGUCUAUCCACAUUACAUACAUUUUCAGUUAGAUACACUUUCAUAAAUACAUAUUUCGCAUAUUUUAUCAAAUUGAAAAAGGGAUUAAACCGGCAGGUAUAUGGAACAUGGUGCAAUAACUAUGUAUAUGACUUAUGUAGCUUGCAUAUAUUUUAUUUUUAUUUUUAAACACUUGACACCCGUGUGCCUUAUUGAGUGUGGUGAUGUAUCAGCAACUGAUUGGUGCUUUAAUUUACUUUUCUUUUCUUUUUUUCAUUUUAAGACCACACUGUUAUAGGUACAAAAUUGUUAGAUUUCACAAAUUAUUUCUGCAAUAAAUACUUUUUUUGGCCUUCCACUUCAAUUGGCAUGCAGUGAUCAAACAAGAGCAUGAACAGCACAACAACCUUGCAGAGAAAGAGCACUUUUGCAGUACACUGUCAUGUUAAGUCAUUUUUCACAUUUGUAAAUAUAAUCACUUUCACACAUCUUUUAACUUUUUUAACCGAUGUGGUUAAAAAAAACAACCUUAAUGGCACAAUUUUCAUGGCUUAAUUUUGGAGCAAAUAAAAACAAACAUUUUCAGUUA